AUGUGGCAGUCAACAACUUUAUCUGAAGACAAUGAAUGGGAUGAUACUGAAAGCAUUGAAAAUUUAACAAAUGUUGAAGAAACGUCAAUGAAAAGGCUGGAUAGAGGUUUAUUGAAUACAUGUUCGAUUCUAAGAGAGAUCACAAAAGAAAGAGCUGACUGUUUGAAGGAGUUAAUCAGUUGUAAAGCAUUAGUACAAUGGCUGCAAAAAACAAUGAAGGGUGGAUUAAAAGAACUCCAAGUUUUUGUAGACUUGGCCAGUAUAUCGGCAGGUGAAGGUGACAUGGAGAUUGCCAAGGUCAAUUGUUUACAUUCCGCUACAACUGGAUAUGCACCAUUGAUUUUCAAUUUAAGACAAGAGUGUGACACUGAAGAAUUCUUAAACAAAUGUCAGGAUGUCUGGAAUGAUUUAGACUCAAAUCCCCAACUUCCUCAGAAGCUGCGGGAUACAUCAAGACAAAUUAGGUGGCUUAAAUCUGUGGAGGAGUUCCACGGAGCUGCUGAAGUUACAACACUUUCACAGGCUGAAGCUAUAAAUAAGAGGGGUGUGUACCAAAUUGGAAACCUGACUAGGACUCCAUUUGUAGAAAAUCCAGCAUUGUCGGAUGUGAUAGAUUUACAAGUUCGUCACAAAGAAGGCAGGUCGUCAAAGAAGGAUAAGUAUUACAGGUAUGAACAGCUACAUGAUCUGCAAUCACGACUUAUGUUAGUAGCAGGAAAAGCUGAACAGGGCAAAGAUGAUGUUGAAAGAUUUAUGUUGACAUUAGAUUCCAUAGUGAGGCUUGGCAGUAUUUAUGUAAAACUAAUAUCUGAUGGGUGUAUACUUUUCUCACAUUGGCGAAUAAGAAUUGUCUGUGAUCCUGGCAGCACUGUUUGUGCAUUCAUAUUAUUUGGUUCCGACGAAGAAAGCCAAGCAAUUAGAACACGUAUUGAUGAGAAAAUUGAUGACGUUAGUUUACUGAUCCAAGAGCUAGCAAGAUUUUUUGAACAAUGCCAUAACAAAUGGUUAGACUAUAUUGACCAAACAAGAGACAAAUAUUUCGGCUUGAAUUAUUUCACAGUAGACCAGAUGGUAAUUCUUCAAAAAGAGCUAGUUAAAGUAGGAUUUGAAGCAAGACCAUCCCCUCUAGUUUAUUCAUUACUUUCUGCUGUAAAACGAGGUUGUACAAAAGAUGAUUUGACAAAAGCGAUAUCGUCUGCAAAGACAACUGCCAUCAAAACUGUAACAAAAGGGGCGAAAUCAAGACACAAUGAUAUUCAAGGAGGAAAAGCAUGGUGUAAGGAAAAUGAAGAUUAUCUCAAGAAGCCAACACAUAAGGAAAUGACUCAGAAACAGACAGACGACACUUUAGUUUCUAUCACAGAAAAUAUUUUUAGAAGACUUGACAUUAAGUCCAGUCAUUGUGGUAUUAAAGAUCCGUCAUGGUCAGAAAUUUACCAUUUUGUGAGCUUUCUCAACAGACAGUUGGAAGAUUUUGAGGCUUCAGCUUUUUGUGGUAAAGCAGCACAGGAAGAUUUACCAGGGUUUUCUGAUUUUGUUCUUACCUGUCUUUUGCAAAUGUCUAGGGAUUUUGCAACCAGAUCUCUAGUAGUCAGUGAAGAGACUCCAAUGCAGAUGAUGCAGCGACAUAAAAAGAAUGAAAAUGGUAUUGACAUCAUACAACAGUAUCAAAUGAGACGCACAUGGGAGACAAGUCCUCAUCCAUACCUGUUUUUCAAUCCGGAUCAUCACAGUAUGACAUUUUUAGGAUUUAACAUCGAACGACGAUCUGGAAACUUGGUAGAUCAUCAAACCAGGAAAGUCUUAGAGCAACAGAUCAUGACUCCAGAUUUGUUUGAUGCACUUGAAAAAAAUGAUGUCAAUUUAGCUGAGAACUUUGAUAUUUUACAAAGGCCACAAAAAAUUGCAAAACUUUGUCAAGUUAUGGGACUAGAGACAGUGUAUGACCCAGAUGAAACAUACGAGUUGACUACGGACAACGUGAAAAAGAUCCUUGCAAUAUACAUGAGGUUUAGAUGCGGCAUACCAGUAAUAAUCAUGGGAGAAACCGGAUGUGGAAAAACUCGACUUGUAAAAUUUAUGUGCUCCUUGCAACAACCUCCCGGUGUUGAUGUAGAAAAUAUGAUCCUUAUGAAGGUUCACGGCGGUACAAAAUCAUCGGACAUUAUAAGAAAAGUUCGAGAUGCUGAAGACAUUGCAAGCAGAAAUACAGACAUGUAUCCAAAUAUGUUUACUGUAUUAUUUUUUGAUGAGGCAAACACAACGGAAGCUAUUGGUGUGAUUAAAGAAAUGAUGUGUGAUAAGUCUUUGGAUGGAAAACCAAUGAAAUUAAAUCAAAGUUUGAAAAUAGUUGCAGCUUGUAACCCAUACAGAAAACAUUCUGACGAGUUAAUUCAGAGAUUAGAACAGGCAGGACUUGGAUAUCAUGUUGCUUCUGACAAAACUACUGAUACAAUUGGUCGUGUUCCAAUGAGAAGACUUGUUUAUCGAGUUCAGCCACUCCCACAAAGCAUGCUCCCAUUGGUCUGGGAUUUCGGUCAAUUAACAGCUGAUGUUGAGAAAAUGUAUAUACGCCAGAUGGUACUGAGAUAUAUCAAGAACGGAGAGUUGCCAUCAUUACGAAACCUUGAUGGAGUUUUGAGUGACAUAUUAACUGCAUCACAAGAUUAUAUGAGAAAUCAAAAAGAUGAGUGUAGUUUUGUUAGUCUACGAGACGUAGAAAGGACUUUGCAGGUGAUGAGUUGGUUCAAAAAACAAAGUCAAACACAAAACUUACUGUUUAGAAAGAUGACACAACAACGCGGAAAUAUUGAUCCUGAAUCAGAUUCGGAUGAUGAGAUACCAGAAAUCAAACAGCAGCAGGAGGUUGAUGAUGUAACUAGAGCAUUCAUUCUUGCGAUCGGAGUGAGUUACCACGCUUGUUUGAAGAACAGAAAUGGCUAUCGAAAAACAGUGGCAAAGUAUUUUAAAUCUCCACUUAAAUUGAAGCGGGGAGCAGAUGAAAUAGAGCAGGAAAUUUCAAAGUGCCAAUCUGUAUUUUUAGACAGUGUAAAGCUUGCCCCGAACAUUGCCAAAAAUCAAGCUUUAAAGGAGAAUGUGUUUAUGAUGAUAGUGUGCAUUGAAAUGAGAAUACCAAUGUUUUUAGUUGGUAAACCUGGAAGUUCUAAAUCUUUAGCAAAGACUAUAGUUUCUGAUUCCAUGCAGGGAAAUGCUGCUCAGGAUGACAUUUUCAAAACCUACAAACAGGUUCAGAUGGUAUCUUACCAAUGCAGUCCUUUAUCAGUACCAGAGGGAAUUAUUGGUGCAUUUCGACAGUGUGCCUCUUACCAAAGAGAUAAAGACCUUGACAGAUAUGUGUCAGUAGUUGUAUUAGAUGAAGUUGGUCUUGCUGAGGACUCUCCAAGAAUGCCAUUGAAGACUUUACACCCACUUUUAGAGGAUGGAUGCAUCGAUGACGAAAAUCAAGAAAAAUAUAAAAAGGUUGCCUUCAUCGGCAUAUCAAACUGGUCACUGGAUCCAGCUAAAAUGAAUCGUGGUAUCCUUGUACAGCGUGACGUUCCUGAUAUUACAGAAUUGAUUGAAAGUGCAGAGGGGAUUUGUUGCACAAACAGAAACGUAUUGAACUGUAUAAAACCACUUAUACAGCCUCUGGCAGAGUCGUAUUUAGAUCUGUUUCAGCUGGCCUCAGCAGAAAUGAGAGAAUUUUUCGGACUCAGAGAUUUUUAUAGUUUAAUCAAGAUGUUGUAUGCUUUUGCAUCAAAAUCGGAACAGAAACCAACAUGGCUACAGUUACAACAUUGUAUAUUGCGAAAUUUUGGUGGUUUGGAUACUAUCAAACCUGUGGAUAUUUUUUGUAGAAAAGUUAUUGUAGAAAGAUAUGAUCAGCCAAAAGAUGAUGAUCCUGACAAUUCGCCACCAGGACUGAUCCAGGCUUGUCUAAUAGGAGACAAAAUUUCCAAUAGUGAGACUAGAUACCUGUUACUAUUGACAGAGAAUUAUGGUGCUCUGACAAUAUUACAGCAGAAAAUCUUUGCCAUGGAAAAUGUAAUGGUUAUUUUUGGUAGUAGCUUUCCUAGCGACCAGGAAUACACACAGAUAUGUAGAAAUAUCAAUAGCGUCAAAGUUUGUAUGGAGACAGGUAGCACAGUUAUCUUGCUCAAUCUGGAAAACCUGUAUGAAAGUCUCUACGAUGCAUUGAAUCAGUAUUAUGUAGAAUUUGGUGGCGAGCGAUACGUUGAUCUUGGUCUUGGUACACACAGGGUAAAAUGUCGAGUCCAUAAAAAGUUCAGACUAAUUGUGGUAGCAGAGAAACAGAUUGUAUACGACAAGUUUCCAAUACCACUGAUCAAUCGUCUGGAGAAACAUUUCUUGUCAUUGAAGACCAUGCUUACAGCAGCUCAGCUACAACUGACAGUUAAAUUACAGGAAUGGGCACACAAAUUUUGUGAGGUGAAAGUACCAUUGCAUAUGAGACAUCUUAGACCAAGGCAAGAUGCCAAAAAGAUUAAUGAAGCUUUUAUUGGAUAUCAUGCCGAUGCUUGUGCAGCAAUUAUACUUCAUGCUUGUCAAGAAAAGAAUUGCACUGAUGAAAAUAUUGUCGAGUUAGAAGAAGAGUGUGGGGCUUGGCAUUCUGUCCAUAUUGACGAUGUUCAUCCUGAAGACGAGGAUAUACCUACAGUGGCAGAAAUGUAUGUACAAUCAGUCGGUGAUCUAUUAUAUCCUGUCAUAAAUGAAUCGCAGGAUAAAUCAGACAAAACAGAAGAUGUAGAAAUUCCGGCUGAUGAGGGAUUGUCCAGUAAAAGUUUGAAAGAUGAGGAAGAGCCUUUCAUCACAGAAGAGCAAGAGACAGACCAAUUUAAAAGUGAAAAUAGUAGUAAUGCGCUUGAAUUGGAAAGAUUAAAUGAUUUCAUUGCAGAUCGAGAUACACAGACAGAAGCAGAACCUAAAACAGAGGCUCCUGGGAGCUGGAACGGACUUCUGCUGCCACGAGAUAUUAGUGGAUUAUUGAGCAAAGAAUCUCGAUCUAAAUGGGAGGAGCAGUUUGCAAAGAGAUACAUUGAACCUUUUCUACAGGAUGUAAAACCAAAAUUAAGUGCCUGCAACCAAAUGUUAUUAGAUGAUCAAAGACUUGGUACAGAUAUCCUUAUGCAGAUACUUUAUGAAACAGACAAGUAUCCGCAUAGAAAGGACAUUCAAAAUUUGCAGGAAAUACCUGCAAUGUGGCGUUAUAGAGAACUGAUAACAAUCAAACAUCUCAUGCAGAAUCUAGAAGGAACAGAAAGAACAAUGCCAGUACCUGUACUCCGACUCUUUCUGCAGGAGGAUUAUCAUUUAAGAGCUAUAAGAUUUAUACCAAGUAUAAUGAGGUUACAGAGAAUGCUAAUACAGAAAUACAACAGAAAACUUGACAGAACUGAGAUAGCCGCUUUAACUAUCCGCGAUGUCAAAAGAGAAAUGAAAGAAGAUGGAAGAUGUGAAGAUUUUGAGCAACUUUUGAAAGAAUUUGAAAUGGCGUGGACGUGUGUUAAAGAUUUACUGAAGAAUUGGGUUUGUCCUGUAGACGGAAAACUAGUGGUUGUCGACGAAACUUAUCUUAGAUCAGAGAUUGCUGAUAACGCAACUAAAGUUUCCUAUCUCAUACCAUCAUAUAGAGAUGCUGGCCUUUGUUCUUACAUCUUAUUAUUUUUCCUAAUAAAGCAUCAUAACUUGUUCUUACAAAACAUUUCCUCAAGAACCAACAUUCCAAUAGACCGUCUUCCCACUGUCAAUGUGAAAGACAUAUCAUCAGCACAUUUGAUCAGUUACCAUCCAGACAAAGAUCUGUUACCCAUGGUGUUUGCUAAUUGUAACUAUUCAUUUGAAGUGGGACAGGGAACCAGAAUAGAAUACAAUUUUACUAACCUGGAGAGGCAGUUGACGGACAGAUUCCUUUUCUCAAAGUCAAUUGUAACAGGUUUAGAAGAGAUUGAAACCAUCACUUACAGAUCGGAAUCCACAAAUGCUGUAGUUUUCUUGGAACUCUGUGAAAAAGUCAAACAGGAAAGAUUAAAUCCGGCCGUACGAAGUCAAAUCUGUGGAGAGGUACACAUGAGAAACUUGCCUGAACUAUGUGAUAGUCUAGAUAAUUUAGAUAUAACCAUCAGUUUUCUCAAGUCUGUUGGAUCGAACCCGAACAUGUCACUUAGUGAUUUCAUGGAGAACACUUUAAAGAUAGACAAGCCUUUAAUAAGUACAAAGGCAAAAACUGCUAGCAAAUGUAAACAUGCCAUGUCCCUGUGGAUAUCGUUUGCACUGGAAAGAGCUAAACAGCUAGCUAAGUAUGACAGAAAAGCUUUCGAAGGAGUUUCGGAGUCCUUCAAAAUGGAUUUAACAAUGGAACAAAUACACGAAGUUGAAGAAAUGUUAGCAAGAUCACCAGCAGAACAGAUUAAUACAUUGCUAGAGCUAAUAUUUGAAUGUAUCGUAUUCAAGAUAGAUGUACCCCAGAAUAUCAAUGAUGAAGAUUACAUUGAUAUUUCACAAAUAAGUUUCCGUGAUCAGUUAUGUGGAUAUAUUGAUACAUCACCGUUUGAAGAAGACUUACAGAUUGAUGAUUCAUUAAUGGUAGUAAUUGGUCAAAUGCCAUCAGACAUGGAUGACCAACUAAGGAUUCUUACAGCACAGUCAGUUGAUUUUUGGCAUGUGGUCAACAGAUGUAGACAGAAGAAAAUGCGUUAAUUCGGUUAUUAUUCAAGUGUGUAUUGGGAAAGUACUGUAUAGUGCGCAUAAAAUUUAACAGAAGUAUAACUAGAUUCCUUCUUUAAUUGUCCAAUUAUAUAGUUGAAUGUUUAUAUCGGACUUUUUGUAAAUAAUUUAAAAAUUUGUUUUUUUUAGUUAAUAGUUCAUUUCAUUAAAACCUUUUUUUAAGAAGAAACAAAUAUGUUUAGUUUUUAAAUAUACUUUUGAAUAAUUCUUUUAAAAAUAAAUUUACCAAAAACGAGAAGCUAUAAUUAAGGCAAAGAAGCAUGUGCGAUGAUAAGAACAUUUAUUUACAUGUAAUUCACCUUUUGCAUAGAUCGAGGUUGGUCUGAUGCCUGACAACUAAUCAAUCAAAACAAUUAAAACAAAUUGUGAAGUUAAAGCAAAUAUUCAACUACAACGUCUUAAAAGUCAUGCAUAUAUUCUUAUCUCUGAUUAUGUUCUCCUCUCGAUUUUGUUAUUAUUCCAUAUUUCAUUCAAAUAUAUUUUUAUUUUUAAAACUGGGAAAACGUUAAAUGAAAACAUCAUGCCUAUCAUAUAACACAUUGAAAUGAAAUGUUUGUGAGUAUUCUGCUGCUAUCCUGAUGUGAUGCCUUUUUUUAAAAAUUGAAUUAACACAUUUUGAGAAAUUUUUUUUUACAAUUAAAAUCUGUGAUUGUGUUUGAUUCUUUGAUACAUAUGACGUGGCUCUGUACUCUGUAUAUCCCAUCAUUGUGUUAUUGUGGUAUUGUAAAACAUUUUGUACUCCUGUCUUUAAUUUUGCUUUUUGUUUGUCUAUAUGCCUUUUUCUGUUUCUUUGUUACAUAUGACGUGGCUCUGUACUUAUACAUCCCGCCAUUGUGUUAUUGUGCUAUGGAACAUUUUUGUAUUCUUGUCUUUAAUUUUUGCUAAUGUGCUUUGUCUGUAUGCCUUUUUGUGCUUCUUUGUUACAUUUUUGUUUUUUUAUAUAGUGAUUGGGAUUAUAACACAGUGUUGGCUGCUGUACCUCUAUUUUUGACAUUUUUGCCUAUUGUGUCUAUUUGUUUUGUUCACACAUGGUUGUCAAUAUAAUGGAAUUUGAUGCGACUGUCAUACAAGUGAGAGGUUUAGCUAGCUAUAAAACCAGGUUUAAUCCACCAGUUUCUAUAUAAGAAAAUGCCUGAACCUAAGUCAGGAAUAUGACAGUUGUUAUCCAUUCGUUUGAUGUGUUUGAGCUUUUGAUUUUGCCAAUUUGUUAGGGACUUUCCGUUUUGAAUUUUCCUGUGAGUUCAGUAUUUUUGUGAUUUUACUUUUUUGUUCUUUUUCAUUCACUAGGAACAUAUUUUUGUAUAUCUGUUUUAAAUUAAUAUAUGU